AACGCUAGCUGCCUCUAUCAACCCAUCUCUCCGGCCGUCUACCCUUUUUCUUCUCCUUCUUCUUCUUCUCUCUCCCCAUCCCCAGACCAUAUAUAGCCGGCCGAUCGAUCAGCUGGAGAAGACAACAUAAGCUAGCCUACAUCUUCCUCUUUAAUUACCAUCACCCACCGAGUUAUAAGCUGCUGCUCGCCGAGGCAUUUUCUUGGUCGAAUCGACUUCGAAGCUAGCAACCGAGCAGAGCAGAUGGCGGCUGAGGAGGCGAAGAAGGUGGAGGUGGAGACGACGACGGCCACCAAGGACAUCGCCGAGGAGAAGGCCAUCGUGCCUGUGCACGACGACUCCAAGGCUAUCGUCGCCGUCGUCAAGGAUGCUGAAGGUACUAGAGGUUCGUCUGAAAGAGAUGCUUAUCUCACCAAGAUUAUGUCCGAGAAGAGAACGACGCUGAUCAACGCCUGGGAGGAGAGCGAGAAGGCGAGAGCUGAGAACAGGGCGGCCAAGAAUCUGUCCUUCAUCACUUCAUGGGAGCACGCCAAGGAAGCGGAGAUGGAGGCCGAACUGAAAAAGAUCGAGGAGCAACUGGAAAAGAAGAAAGCAGCGUACAAGGAGAAGCUGAAGAACAAGCUCGCGAUGCUCCACAAGUCGGCGGAGGAGAAGAGAGCGAUGGCGGAGGCGAAGCGAGGCGAGGAGAUAAUCAUGGCGGAGGAGAUGGCAGCCAAGUACCGUGCCAAAGGCGAAGCCCCGACGAAGCUCUUUGGGCUCCUGAAAGCAUGAGAACUGUGAAUCGAGGAAGCCAUCGACACUCUCGAUCUUCAGAGUGUACAUAUGUUGGGGUUGUUACUUACGGCUUUCGUGCAUGACUUGUUAGUGGUGUGUGUACAUGUGUUUUGCAAGCCAUUGGUGUGUGUGUGUUUUCCUGUUGGAUGAUUUGAUAUCUGGUUAAAUUUGUAAGAGAAUUGUGUAUAAGCGUAGGAGUGCAGGCCUGAUGGAUUGAUGCAUUUAUUCUUUCGGUAUAAGUUUUGUUCGUCAA